AUGCAGAACUCCUCAGCAAGCGGCGCCAAUAAUCCAGAGCAGCAUUUGCGCGCACAGCUCGAGCUACUCAAGAACCACGACGCGACAGGCUCGUCCUCGCCAACCUCUCCUGCUCCUCGUGAUACUCGGCAUCAACCACUUCAGCCGGCUCCUGCGCGGCCGUCGAAUGGCUUCGAUCACUCGCCCAAUCCUCAAGAUCAACCCCGAGCUCUAGCCGCCAAAGGCGAGGUUGAAGCUCAUAUUCACCCUGACCUUCGCGCCCGGGCCAACAACGCACCCACCGCAACCAUGAUGCCUAUCGUUCCUCCAUCUGGGCACAGCCCAGGCGCCUCGGCUGGCCCAUCCAACGCUCCAAUUGCCUCCAUGCCCCCGCCUCACAUGUCGCCGGACGACCAUGGUGACGGUCGCAGCAAGGCUAAGCGUGAACUAUCUCAGUCAAAACGUGCAGCGCAAAAUAGGGCCGCUCAGAGAGCAUUCCGACAGCGCAAAGAGGGUUAUAUCAAGAAACUCGAGCAGCAGGUACGCGAAUACAUGGACAUGGAGCAAUCUUUCAAAUCUCUCCAGUCAGAUAACCAAGCGCUGAGGGAGUAUAUCGUCCACUUGCAAUCGCAGUUGUUUGAUGCGACAGGCGAAUACCCACCACCUCCUCACAACGUUGAUAUUGCUCAACCUGCACAACAACCGCCAGCACCCGCUCCAACCCCCGCUCCAGCACCCGCUCCGGCUCCGGCCCCUGCACCUGCUCCUAUUGCUUCUGCUCCUACCGAACCAGCUUUGGAAGCUGUCGCGCAAGCCGUUGCAGGCCUCGCGGCUCAGGAACAGAUCGAGCGUCAACAAUACCCCACGGCGCACGAAUGA